ACCAAUCAGCGGUUGACAGUUGACAGGACACGUCAAACAUUCCCUCUCACUGACCAAUCAGCGGCCGAGGGGGGAGGCGGUCUCUGCUCCCCAAUAUCCCAUGUGACGCUCCUCAGUAGUUCCCAGGCGGUCACAACCAAGAGCCGGAGACUAUGGAUCAGAAGGUCGGGUUGUUCGUUCUUCUGGCAGCGGGCCUCCUCUGCCUCAGUUUGGCCCCUGUCUCUCGGGCCGAGGAGGACCUGAUUGAGGACGGUCUGGGUGACGACAUGGACGUGGAGGACGAGCUGGAUCUGGGUUUGGGCGGAGCUGAUGAUGAGGAGGAGGAGCUGGAGGGGGACAUGCAGGAUGAGGCUCCACCUGAGCCUAAAACUCCUCCCACACCAAAGGUGACCUACAAGGCUCCAGAGCCGAUGGGGGAACACUUCAUCGCUGAGUCUUUCGACCGGGGGACACUGGACGGGUGGGUGCUCUCCAGCGCCAAGAAGGAAGACGCAGAUGAAGACAUCGCAAAGUAUGAUGGUAAAUGGGCGGUGGAGGAGAUGAAGGACAGCAAGCUGCCCGGUGAUAAAGGUCUGGUCCUGAAGUCCCGAGCCAAGCAUCACGCCAUCUCAGCCCAGCUGCUGCGACCUUUCACCUUCGACAACAAGCCCCUCAUUGUCCAGUACGAGGUGAACUUCCAGGCGGGAAUCGACUGCGGCGGCGCCUAUGUCAAGCUGCUGACUCAGACUCCAGACCUCGACCUGCACCAGUUUGUGGACAAGACUCCGUACACCAUCAUGUUUGGACCCGACAAGUGUGGAGAAGAUUACAAACUGCACUUCAUCUUCAGACACCAAAACCCCAAAACUGGAGAGUACGAAGAGAAACACGCCAAGAAACCUGACGCCGACCUGAGGACGUACUACACCGACAAGAAAACUCACCUCUACACACUGGUGGUGAACCCUGACAACACCUUCGAGGUGCUGGUGGAUCAGACGGUGGUGAACAGCGGCAGCCUGCUGACAGACAUGACCCCUCCUGUGAACCCCCCCGCUGAGAUUGAGGACCCCGACGACCAGAAACCAGAGGACUGGGACGAGAGGCCCAAGAUCCAGGACCCCACCGCCACCAAACCUGAGGACUGGGAUGAAGACGCUCCCGCUCAGAUCGCAGAUGAAGAUGCAGUGAAACCAGACGGCUGGCUGGACGACGAGCCGGAGUACAUCGGAGACCCCGACGCCGUCAAACCUGAAGACUGGGACGAGGACAUGGACGGCGAAUGGGAGGCUCCUCAGAUCCCUAACCCCGCCUGUGAGACCGCCCCCGGCUGCGGCGCCUGGAAACGACCAAUGAUCGACAACCCCAACUACAAGGGCAAGUGGAAGCCCCCCAUGAUUGACAACCCCAACUACCAGGGCGUGUGGAAGCCGAGGAAGAUCUCCAACCCGGCGUUCUUCGAGGACCUGCAGCCAUUCAGAAUGAGUCCGUUCAACGCCGUGGGACUUGAGCUCUGGUCCAUGACCUCCGACAUCUUCUUCGACAACUUCUUCAUCACCAACGACCGCAACACUGCCGAACGCUGGGCUGCUGACGGCUGGGGGCUGAAGAAGGCUGCAGAGGGCGCCGCUGAGCCUGGUCUGGCAAUUCAGAUGAUGAACGCAGCAGAGGAACGUCCAUGGCUCUGGAUCGUCUACGUCCUCACUGUGGCUUUACCACUCGUCCUCAUCAUCGUAUUCUGCUGCACUGGCAAGAAGAAGAGCACACCGACACCGGCAGCAGAGUACAAGAAGACAGAUGAAGCUCAGCCCGACGUGAAGGAAGAGGAAGAGGAGGAGGAAGAGGAGGAGGAGAAGGCUGAAGAGGCAGAGAAGAGCAGUCCAGCUGCAGAAGAGAAGAGUGACGAAGAGGAAAAUCCUGCAGAGAAAGAGGAAGAGGAGGAGGAAGCAGCAGCAGCAGCAGCGGAGGAGGAGGAGGAGGAGGAGGAGGAGGAGGAGGAGGAAGAGAAGGAGGGGACAGCUGAAGAGAAGUCUGAGGACGACAUUCUGCGGAGAUCUCCCAGGAACAGGAGGGUCAGAAAGGACUGAUAUCUCUGAAUCCACUGCCCUGACCUCAAAACCUCCUCCCAUCUCCCCCUCCCCUAAAAUAUCUCCCCCAUCUCUCCUCCUCUUCUUCUUCUACUCCUCUGCUCCGAGGCUUUGAAGCCUAAAAUGGAACCCGUGGAAGCAGCGAAGCCGACAGGAACGUAAUCAAGACCUCCGAUAUGGACGCCAGCUCAUGAUGACGAUGAUGAUGAUUCCAGUAUGAACAGAACUGAGUUAGCGUGAUUUAAAGGAUUUUUUGUUUCUGAAAGAGAUUAACUGAGAUUAACUACAACUUCCUGCAUCAUUCCUUAACAACACCUGAGCAGACCCAAACCCACGGGACCGUCCCGUCUGCCGCACCGCCGCCGCCACCCGCUCACCGCUCAGCACCACCCUGAGCUACCAAGCCCCGCCCUACCAGCAGCAUGCUAAAUUAGCUCUCAGCUCCUGACAGAUGCACCCACAAGUUAGCCCACAAUCAUGAACAAACCAUCUUCCUGCUUGUGCUACUAAAAGCAUGCUAAUUAGCCCAGUGAUAGCUGAUUGGGCUACCAACCACGUCUUGCUAAUGAGCUCACCUACAGACUGCUAAUUAGCUCUCAGCUACCUGCUAACAAGUCUCUUGACAGAUGGAAAUUUGGCUUUCAACAUCCACUUGUUAGCCCAGAAACUGAGGUAGCCUACCAUGAUCCUGCUUUAGGCUGCUAACAGACUGCUAAUUAGCUUAAUAAUUAAGAUACAAACAGUUAGGAUUACUCUGCAGAUAGUCAGGGAAUUAACCCACCAAACAUCUUGUUAAAUAGCCCACCGACUUGUUGCUAUUUAGCUAACUAUCAGGCUGCUAAUUAGGCUAACAAUCCAACAUACAAUUGGAUAAUUCACCAACCACGAGCCUGCUAAUUAGCUCACUCUUAGGCUACUGAUUAGGCUAACAGUAGUCAGAGUUAUCCUACAGUCAGAAUUUACCAACCAAAAGUCUUGCAAAUUAGCCUACCAACAGUCUGCUAAUUAGCUCACAAUCGGGCUGCUAAUUGGGCUAACAGUAGUCCGGAUUAUCCAACGCACAGUCGGAGAAUUCACCAACCAGAAGCAUACUGUAAUCCCAAGUAAUUAGCGUCAACGUUAGUUGUUAACAAGCUCACAAAUAAUUUAAUCUACUUACCAACAAUUAGCUAAUUAGCUUGCUGAGAAGCUAAUUCACCUACUAACAGUUGGCUCAUUAGCCUUCCCAGAUUUUAUAAAUUAGCUAGCGUCCUAAAUCCUAAAGUGAAAUUCACUAUGCUAAUAUUUAAAAAGGAAAAUGACACAUACUGUUUCUUUUUUUUAUGUCUUGUUUUCUUGUCAUUUGUUUUGUUUUGAAGCUGUUGGCUCCACACAUGGCGCUCAUGUUUCCUCAGUAUUUCUGCUGUGUGUUAUUGUCCUGAUGGCGGCAGGGUGGAAGGUCAGAGGUCAAAUAUGUUGGAGAGAACAUGAUAGAGCUGGAUUUAACUGUACGGCCCCGUAUCCACCAAACUUUUUUGUACCUGCUUGAAAACACUAAGCACUCUUAGGGAAACGCCCAGCUGGGCGCGUCUGAGAGCGCUCUGGAGGCGUAGCUUGUUUUUUUUUUCAGUGGAGAUAAUUUACUUUCGUCUGGUUGCUAUGACACGGAAUAUCCGCGGAAACCUGCUGGUCUGGAAGGUUCAUGAGAGGAAAUCUAUAUUAAUAUGUGUACUGUACAUUAUCAUAUUUGUCCCCCAUUAUUGAUGUUCAGCUCUUGUAUGUGUACGAUGUGAUGGUUUGUAUUCACGGUAUUCGUCAGUUCUCCACUGUGAUUAAACGGAUGAAGUGACGGUGACGAGCGCAGUGUUUUUACCUAAAGUUCAACAACCAACUGAUGUCUCGUCAUGGCGCUGGCGUUUGUAGCUCUGUGUAAAUACGUGGUGCUCCCAUUGCAAAGAAUUAAAAAAAAAAUACGCUGGCCCCGGGGGGAAAAAAAAGCAUUGGUGGACACGGCCCCUAAAUGUCAGUUACAGAUGAGUGACAGGUGUGUGAUACCUGGCACUGAGGUGGAACUCGUCAGACCGGUUUUGGCAGCAGGUACUGACCACCCCUCGGCUUGUUAAAGACAUAUUAAAACCUCAUAUCUUCAGUUGUCGUUUUGGUGACGUUUAUGAAACAGGAUACUUUGGAGAUAGGAGGUCUUCACCCUCUUUAGUCCAUUAGCAUUAUAGAUUUUUCCCGUUCGAACAAACAUGACAGCAGCUCGUUUAGCUCUCUUUGUCUGAGGUUGGACUCUCAUGGAUUCAAGACAAGGAUCUGAGAUUUUUUUUUCCCCCCGAAUCACAUCUCAGCUUCUGAAUGACGUUAUUUAAUAAGGAAACUCCCUGAACGUUCAGGUGUUUUCCUCUUUCUUUACCUUCUCUUGUUUCUGCUGGUACUGUUGCAUUUCAGCCUUCAGGGGAUUGAAAUUAUUGGUGAUUACCUCUUUUUUUGUGCAUGGUGGUUUUGACUGCACCUGUGCAUUAACCUGGGUUGGAAGUGUACGCCUUCGUUCACGUCCAAACUCACCUCUUGUUGCUUUUGUAAAAAUAUAUCCUCAGAAACAGUUUGACGUCACAGAGCAGGAUGAAGCUCUUGUGUUAAGAGUUCCUUCGGUCUGAAGAUGAGCUGCUGUCGUCUUUUGUUUGGACUUUAAACUCGUCACGUCAGCAGGUGGACAGACACCCAGUCCCUCUUUCAUCGACCCCAUAUGAAAAGAAAAAGGCACUAAGGGAAAAACUCAGGCGCUUAACCCUCCCACCUGUCCACCUGCGGCACCACAACACCUCCGCCAAUCACAGACGCUCUCCUACAUGAACCCGUGUCGGAGUUUAGCCCCAUGUUUAAAAAGAGACGGCACUUGAGCGUCACAAAGUUCCCUCUUGAUUUAAGGGAACGUUUGACAAAAUAACCUGAACUCAAGGUUCACUUAUUGACUUCAUUUAUGUGCAUACGACAUGUAAUGAAGUCAAUCAUGGACGUUUUUGAAGAGGAAACAAUCCACCAGGUGUCGCCAAAAUCAAACCAGAGCUGAAAUUGUAAUUGAUUACAUCUGCUGCCGGCCGCCUGACGACCACCAAAAAACGGGCAAAUGGCCUGAAAGUGUUCACAGAGUUACAGCAAAAUAUCUGUGUGUAGUUGGUGACCGCCUGACCUUCACUCUAACGCCACCAUCAGGACAGUUCCUCUCCACAAGUGGUAAAAACUCUCCAACGAAUUUUGUGAUCAUGAAAUAUUCUAUGAACUUGACAUGCACAGAUCCUAAAUUAUGUUUUUUUACUCAUUCUGAAAUCAUCGAAGGAUUAUAAAUACAGAAGGUAGAUCAUGAACUGUUAAAGAGGCUUUACGACUGUGUGACUGAGUGAGCAUCAUUCUGUGGCGUCAGUGUACAGUUUAAAAAAAAAAACCUGAAAUAAAACUGGUUUUGUGAAUCUUGACAAUGUGUGGAAACAGAAAAAUAACUCCAUUAGUCCAGUCUUAUAUCCAUGACGUGACUGUUGAUGUGUCCUCUCUGUAUCAUACUUCAUUUUUCAGGACUACACACUAAAAGGGUCUGUCGAUGUCGUUCAGGUCAGGAUUCCCAUCAGUGAUGAUCGAGCUGUGUAGUGAUUGGCUGAUGGGCUUUGACAGGCUAGUAAAUGGUGGGCAGAAGGGAAGAGACAGCAGAACUGAUGAGUUUUAAGAUUCUCUGGCUGUCGGUGAGGUCAGAUUUUGGGGAUGGAGGUCCCCGCUUCCAUAACCUUCCCUCCUUUUCUUUUUUUUUGUUUUUAGGGUAAAUGCGAGCUAGUUAUGUUUUGGCUGUAAGCUCUGCUGCUUGUAGUCUUUAUUUUUUCCGAAAGGUAUCAGAAUACGAUGCUUCUGACGUCUGGGCGUUAGGACGAAUCGCCAGCAGCAGCAGCAGCAGCAGCAGCAUUACAUUCCCAUCCAGAAUGUACGUCUCAGCCUUCAUCGUCUCCCUCCUGUAUUUUAUUUUUUUGUUAGUCUCAGAUUAUUUUUGUGUCCGGCUGAAGCUGCCUAGCUUAACAGACUGUAGACUGAACACUGUAUCUGCUGGUGAAACUUUACUCUGUAACUCUGUACUUUUUACUUAUGUUGACAUUGUGUUUUGAACUAAACUUUAAUGGUUGGCCCAGCCUGUUUCUGAUGUACACACUAUGUAGAGAGACGGACCUGCUGACACGCCACACGAAAGGUCCAGCUUUGAAUAGAAAUACUGUGAUGAUGGAGCCUGGUGUGUGUGUGCGUGUGUGUGUGUGUGUAUGGACAUGCAGUCAACAUUUGUUUUGAUGAAUAAAAAGGCCAAAUGGAAACUGAACAA